ACGGCUCCUCCUCCGAGCCCGGCCCGGCCCCCCGCCCCGCAGCUCACCUCUCCCGCCGCCGCCGCCGCCGCCGCACUCGCAGGGGGCCCGAGCGCGCCGUCGGGGCGCUUCUCUCUGCCUGCCCUCGGAGCCCCUCUUCGCCGCCGCUGCUGCUGCUGCUGCGGGGCCAAGUUCGAGAUAGGAGGAGGGGGGGGGGCGCCGGUGCUGCUGCUGCUGCUGCUGCUGCUGCUGCGGGGCCCGACCUGAGCCGGCCUCGCCACCGCUUCUCUCCCCCGACGGCAGCUGCCUGCCCGCCUGCCCGCCUGCCUGCGUGGUGCCGCUCGCCCGCCCGCCCGCCCGCCCGGUGGGGCGCGAUGCUGUUCCCGGCGAUGCCGUUCGACGUGGUGUCCGCGCUGGCGACGGCGGUGGGCUGCCUGGUGUCGGUGACGCUGCUGCUGGCCGUCUCGCAGCAGCUCUGGCAGCUCCGCUGGGCCGCCACCCGCGACAAGGCCUGCAAGCUGCCCAUCCCCAAGGGCUCCAUGGGCUUCCCCCUCGUCGGAGAGACCUGCCACUGGCUCCUCCAGGGCUCCUAUUUCCAGUCAUCCCGGAGGGAGAAGUACGGACCGGUCUUCAAGACGCACCUGCUGGGUCGGCCACUGGUGCGGGUGACGGGCGCCGAGAACGUGCGCAAGAUCCUGAUGGGGGAGCACAGCCUGGUCAGCACCGAGUGGCCGCGCAGCACCCGCAUGCUCCUGGGGCCCAACACCGUGGCCAACUCCAUCGGGGACAUCCACCGCCACAAGAGGAAGGUGCUCUCCAAAAUCUUCAGCCACGAAGCCCUCCAGAGCUACCUCCCAAAGAUCCAGCUGGUGAUCCAAGACACGCUGCGGGUGUGGAGCAGCAACCCGGAGCCCAUCAACGUCUAUUACGAGGCGCAGAAGCUCACCUUCCGCAUGGCCAUCCGAGUCCUGCUGGGCUUCAGGAUCUCCGAUGAAGAGCUCAGCCACCUCUUCGAGGUCUUCCAGCAAUUUGUGGAGAAUGUUUUCUCUCUGCCUGUGGACCUGCCUUUUAGCGGCUACCGGAAGGGAAUUCGUGCCCGGGAAGCGUUGCAGAAGGGCCUGGAGAGAGCCAUCCGGGAAAAGCUGCAGAACACGCAGGGCAAAGACUACUCCGACGCCUUGGACCUGCUCAUCGAGAGCGGCAAAGAACACGGGAAGGAGCUGACCAUGCAGGAGCUCAAGGACGGCACGCUGGAGCUGAUCUUCGCCGCCUACGCCACCACGGCCAGCGCCAGCACGUCUCUCAUCAUGCAGCUGCUGAAGCACCCGCAGGUGCUGGAGAAGCUGCGCGAGGAGCUGAGGAGCCGGGGGAUGCUGCACAACGGCUGCCUGUGCGAAGGCUCCCUCCAGCUGGACACACUCAACAGCCUCCACUACCUGGACUGCGUCAUCAAGGAGGUCCUGCGGCUCUUCACCCCCAUCUCGGGGGGCUACAGGACUGUGCUGCAGACCUUUGAGCUGGAUGGCUUCCAAAUCCCCAAGGGCUGGAGCGUCAUGUACAGCAUCCGGGACACCCACGACACGGCUCCCGUCUUCAAGGAUGUGGAUGUCUUUGACCCCGACCGCUUUGGACAGGGCCGGACCGAAGACAAGGACGGCAGGUUCCACUACCUCCCGUUUGGCGGAGGCGUACGGACCUGCCUGGGCAAGCACCUCGCCAAACUCUUCCUCAAAGCACUAGCCAUUGAGCUGGCCAGCACGAGCCGGUUUGAGUUGGCCACCAGGACUUUCUCUCGGGUCACGCUGGUGCCCGUGGUUCAUCCGGUCGACGGACUGAAGGUGAAGUUCUUUGGACUGGAUUCAAACCAGAAUGAGAUCUUGACAGAAACAGAAGCCAUGUUGGAUGCCACUGUCUAAGGCAGGGCCCCAGGUUGCUUCUCUUGGCUGGGGCCAGAAGGGAAGGGGACAAAAAGGCCCCCCUGCCACCCCCACCCCCCGUUGAUGCAGGUGCCCCCCCGACCUGCUCUCGUGGUACGUCCUCCAUCGAAACCUGCUCUGUCGAAUAUGCCAAAACAAAAUUCUGACGUGUGUUUCUGCACAGGGUGGGGCGGGGGGAGGGGGUCAUCUCGAUAGUUUAUGUUUUAUUUUUCUGAACCUAGAGAAGAAAAGGGAUUGUCUUGACCAGAAAGCAGAAUAGAGAUGUUAUAUAGAUAUAAAUAUAUACAGAUAUAUACAGAUAUAUAUUUAUGCACGUGAUCUGAAACGGAAGGAUGCGCACUGCAGGCGGAGUUGUUCUGGUGGAGGAGGAGGAGGAGGAGAGAGGAAAAGGCUCCUGAACGUGGCGCGUCUUCCUGAGGUCUGACUCUGGGUUGAGGAGUGUUUCUGAGUGGGAACAGGAGCUCUGGCCUUGGGCAGACCUGGACCCUCGAAAUAAACUAACAGUGUUAAAUAAAUCAGCGGCAGCAGUAUUUGGGGAAUAUUUUUGGGUUUGGGCUCUUUGGCCAAGGAAGUCUCUCCAGUCCAGUCAGUAUUGUGUGGUGGGUGGUGGGGUGGGAGGAGCCUUUCCACAUUCCACAGGGACUGCUUAACUGUGUCACCCCCCCCCCCGCCCCCGGGACCAGCACUCCUUGCAAAAGCCAGGCUGACGGCUUGGCUGUUGCAUUUCAAGCUCCUGGGCCCUCCCCCGUGUGAAUGUUUACUUCUUUGUCUUUUUAAAGCACCCUCUGGGGGGUGUGAUUAGAAAACGGUUGAGGAACCCUUGGGAAGCGAAAGGUGUGCAGUGUGGGUGUGCAUCUAUAUUUGUGCAAAACUGUGGUGAUUUCCUCUGGUGUUUCUGCCACUGAUGCUGAGGUCUGCUCCUGGCCUCCUCACAGCGUGCCGGGGGCUGUCCUUCGGCGGCUCCCCUCCACCCUUUUUAGGAACUGGUUAGGGCAACAGGCUAUCGGAGAAAUUGCCUCUGUGCCUGCUGAGCAGCAAAGCGCUCCUGCCUUUCUCUCCAAGAAUCACAUUCAAGGUCAGAUCCAGACUGUGCGCCUCUCACAGUGACCUCGUGUCACUGCAGAGAACCCCGGUUGUGAACAAGUGGGUUUUUUGAAAUCUGCCAACUGCUGCUAUUCCGCCCGGCUUUUAGAGUCCUGUGGGCCAAGUCCUGCCGUUCACACUGCAUGGCAGGCUUCUCUCAGGAGCAGCUGGGCAAGACUUGGGCGCCCAGAGCUGGGCUGUGGUUUCAAGGGCCUGACAUUUCCCCCUUGCACCAAAGGAGAUCUGUCUUGCCUUACUGAAAAGAGCAGCGCAGGCCCAAGACACCGGACACUGGGGUUGCUGGGGUAGUCUAGCGUUUUACUUCCUUUGCCCGCACAACACUGUUGCAUGAUUCACCCUCAUUAUGCAUCUUCACACAUUAUGCACUGUUGUACUCUUAGAAGUGCCACUCAUGCAGGAGAGAGAAGCUGUGCUCCGAGGGGGCACCGUCUGUCUGGCAAACUCUGGUGACUGGGAAGCAUCGGGUCACGUGCCUCUUGGGAGACACCUGCAUUAGUUCACAGGAAAAGCAAAAUUGCCGGCUUUCAAGUCAAAUAGGCACCUUGGCAGGGCCCUCAGUUGAAUUGUGGUUGGGAGCUACCCCUGUGAAUGGACAGGUGACCCCCGGCUGAUUGUGGUCAGAGGUGUUUGGAACAACUGCAUGGCCAGCAGUGUUGCAAGCUCCCAGCUCCCCCGCCCAGUCCUCAGGAGUAUUGAGUGGUCAGACGGGGCUGUGUCCGAUGAGGAGACGUUGAGCCAAGGUCAUACAAGGUGAAGGGGCGUUUGGGGAAGACUCCGGUGGGUAACCAACGUAAGGGACAGCACAGGUUGCCCCCAAAACUACACAACUGACAAGUUUGCUUAAAGCUACUUGAAGGAAUGAACCCUUUAAAUGAAAACAUUAAAGCCAACUUAAGGUGCCAAAUCCUUCACUGCCACCUUGUCUGGAGUUGUAAGGGUGUGCACAUUGAAAUGGGAAAACGCACAGGUGCGGGUCGUGUGGCAGGGCAGCCGUUCUUUGGUUGGCAAGAUAAAAUUGUAAAAUGGAGGUGCAGAAACAGGCUGAGGAAUUCAUUUCCCAAGUCCAGACUUGGUUUUUUUUAAAUUUGGGGGCGAGUGGAGGAAUUCAGGUUGUGCCAAAAGAGCUCCCUGGCCACUUCUCUCCAGGGAUCCCGAUUUCUAUGCCCGGGGUUUCGGAUGAGCCUUCUCUACAUGUUUGCAUGUGUGUGUGUGUGGGUAGGGGACAACCCACAAGUAAGGACUGGGGUGUGUGUGUGGGGCGGGUACAGUAUUUCUAAAGAUACCAAUGGAAUAGCUUGGAGUUUGAGAGGUGCCACCAGGAUGGCUCGCGGAACGGCCAAGGAGGCUGCUGGGAUAGAUUCUGAGACUGCGCAGGGGUAGGGUGGGGGCGCUCUCAGGGACACCAACGUGCUGAGAGGGAGGGAAGGAGCAGCAGCAGAAGUUUAGAUGUCCAAUUACUUGUUCUCAUGCAAAAAUAGAGAGAAAGAACGAGAGAGAGAGAGAGACGGUAUUUCAGUUAAAAUUUGAUGUGAUUCUUUGAAUGACCAGUAAUGGGGGUGGGGGGCAUGGGGAAUAUAAGAGGCACACAUUCUUUGAAUUUAUAUAUUAUAUGUGCGUGUGUGUAUCUGUAUAAUUGUGUGUAUUAUAUGUAGGCAAAGAUAGCUCACAUUUGAAUUAUCAUUCUUAACCUAAUAUAACUUGACUAAAACUAUUAAAAAUGUUGCUGCAGCGGAUUUGCAGGAUUAAGCACUUUGGAUUCCCUGAAUAUGUUUGUCUGGUGUUCUUUGUGUUUUGGAGUUCAGUCUAAUUUGAUAUAUUAUUUUAUAUACAAAGGUGGUCUCUGUAUUUGUGAGUGUUUUUUGGUCUGAGUUUAUAUAAACUAUUAUAAUAAUUAUUAUUACUAUUUUUGUUAUAAUUCAAAAUAGAUAUUUAGUAUAAAAGGUUUUGUUGUUAAAUAUUGUUAUUUAGUAAAAUAUGAAUUCCCUCUCCUUCCUCUGGCUGUUUCCUUUAUUGUAAACAGUGUCUGGCAAGAAAAUAAAACAUUUUACCUGUAGGCCACCGUGUGAGUGUGUGUGCGGGUCACCCGCACAUGCUCCGUUAGCAUGAAUGGGGCUUGCGCUGGAAACUGCCUCCGUUGGAUUGGACCCAUGGUUAUUAAUAUUAAAGAAAACAGUUAUGCCCUUGUUGGUGCGGUGUGAAGAUGUACUAUAUGUCAUGUGGUUUUUAAUGUGUAUAUAAUGCUGAGGUCGGCUCACCAAGAAGGUCUCUUGUGGCAGCUCUACCAAAAGGGGCGGGAGUUGCGCACCAAGGUCUUUCAUGCGCAGGAGUGCAGCUCCCGUUCGUGUCCCUGGGGCUCAUGUGUGCAGAUAUUUUGGUGGACUGCCUCCAUGACGUGCUGAAUAAAUGAAUGUUGUGUAUUUCAUGAUGAUCUUAUAAAGAAAAUAAUCAAUGUGGCUAUUUUAUAGACUUCCAUAAUAAAUAAGUCAAAUCUU